AUGGUAAUGAUGCGCUACGUGCUGUGUAUCCUCGCUCUCCUGCUCUCAUGUGCGUGUGUGCACGUCCUCGCUGAAGAAGUGCCUGCCGCCGAUCUUUCCGACCAAGUCCCUGAUACGGAGAGUGAGACAAAGAUUCUUCUUCAAGGUACUCCUGUCGCCCUUAAUUCUCAGUGCCCUGCUGGUGUUACUUCUGGUACUACUGGUAUUGCUGAGGGUACUACUGGUAAUUGUACUCCUCCUCCUAAAGUACCUGAGGUUCCAAAAGAAGUUGUUCCUGAGAAAAAAGUACCUGUUGCUCCUCCUAAAAAACCCGAAGCACCUCCUGCCGCAGCACCUCGAGUUCAAAGUCAAAAUGGAGAUAAUGGUAUUUCUGGUACACCUGACGGAACUGCUGAAACGGGUGACGCUGCUCUUCAUGGUCAAGAUGGUGAGACCGGCUCUUCCGGUUCUUCUGGUACUGCUGUUAAUACAGCACUUGCCGAUUCUGUUGAACCUAGUGCAGAUGUCAAUGCGGCUGAUGCUGUUCGUGAAGACCAAACUGAAGAUAGUGUCAACAAUGCAGGAGGUGGAAGUGCUGAUAGCCAAGGAAGUGGAGCACCACAAACUUCUUCUCCCAACAACACAAAAACGGGGAGUGCCGGAGCUUCUGAUACUGAAACUACUUCGAGCGGCAUGAGAUCUGGAGGGAAUGAAUCGACAAGGAACCAAAAAGAUGUUGCAGAAAAUACAGAAAACACCACCACCACCACCACAACAACACUUCCUCCUGAACUCACAAACAACAAGAAGGGUGAUGCAGACAGCAGCAGCAGUAUCAGCAGUUCUGUGUGGGUGCGUGUGCCCCUACUGAUUGUGGUGACACUGGCCUGUAUUCUUGUGUGCUGA